GUCAAGCCACCAUUUUGUUCAGUUACAGCAAAAUGUUCGUCAAGAAGCUGCUGAUGAAAGACAGUACGAAACAAAAGGAAAAUUUACACUCAUUCAGGAGUCCUACACAGCAGUCAUUCUGAAAGGAUGGGAACUGUUGGCAUCUUCCUGAUACAGUGAAGCUUAUUUUGAGAUAUUCUGGAGUGAAGUCUAUUUUUUAUGUGAAGACUACACUAAUAUUCAAAGAUGGAGACCCCUUAUCAGGACUUGAAUACUGAGUCCCCGAGCUUAAGCCAGAGUCUAGUCCUAUUAAACAUAUCAGACUCUCCAGACCCCAGCUGUGAUUCCAUGAGGAGUGAUGUGUCUGUGAAUCAACCAGCAACAUUCAAAGAUGGAGACCCCUCAUCUGGACACAGUUCAGAUCAGGUAAACAGAUCAGACUCUCCAGUAUCCAGCUGCGUGUCCAUGAGGAGUGAUGUCACAUUCAUAGAUGGAGACCCCUCACCUGAAUACAGUUCACUGCAGGUGAACAGAUCAGACCCUCCAGAACUCAGCUUUGUGUCUAUGAGGGCUGCAUCUAUGAAUCAUCCAGCAACAAUGAACAACAGAUAUGUGUCACCUGGACUCAGGGUCAGGCCAGACUCUCCAGAACCCAGCGGUCUGUCCAUAAAGAGUGAUGUGUCUAUAAAUCAGUCUGCAACAUUUAAAGAUGAAGAUCUCUCAUCUGGACACAGUUCACUGCAGGUGAACAGAUCAGACCUUCCAGAACGCAACUUUGUGUCUAUGAGGGCUGCAUCUAUGAAUCAUCCAGCAACAAUGAACAACAGAUAUGUGUCACCUGGACUCAGACACGGCCAUGCUUCAAUGCACGUUCAAGAGAGUUUCAAAUUAAAUCUGAAAAUGAAGUUUCAGUGUUUGAAUGAGUUGAUAACAAACCAGGGAAACCCAACACUUCUCAGUGAGAUCUACACAGAGCUCUACAUCACAGAGGGAGACAGUGGAGAGGUCGAUAAUGAUCAUGAGGUCAGACAAAUCGAAGCAGCAUCAAGGAGAACACCAACACAGGACACACCAGUCAAAUGCAAUGAUAUCUUUAAGCCCUUAUCUGAACAAGAGAAACCCAUCAAAACUGUGCUGACAAAGGGAGUCGCUGGCAUUGGAAAAACAGUCUCUGUGCAGAAGUUCAUUUUGGACUGGGCUGAAGAUAAAGCAAACCAGGAUGUCCAGUUCAUUUUUCCACUUUCGUUCAGGGAGCUGAAUUUCGUGAAAGAUAAAAAACUCACUUUGGUGGAUCUUCUUCAUAGAUGGUUUAAGGACAUUAGCAAAAUGGACAUUUCAAAAUCACUCAAAGCUCUGUUCAUUUUUGAUGGUUUAGAUGAGUGUCGUUUAGAUUUAGAUUUUCAGAGCACUGUGAAUCUGUGUGAUGAAACUGAAUCGGCAUCAGUGGAUAUGCUGAUUACAAACCUGAUCAAGGGGAAUCUGCUUCCCUCUGCUCUCAUCUGGAUAACCUCCCGACCUGCAGCAGCUAAUCAAAUUCCCUCUGAGAUUGUGGAUCGAGUGACAGAAGUACGAGGGUUUACUGAGCCACAAAAGGAGGAGUACUUCAGGAAGAGAAUCAAUGAUCAGAGUCUGGCCAAUAGAAUCAUCUCACACCUAAAAAAAUCAAGAAGCCUCUUAAUCAUGUGUCACAUACCUGUGUUCUGCUGGAUUUCAGCCACUGUUUUAGAGAGAAUGUUGGGUGAAGCAGAGAGUGGAGAGACACCCAAAACUCUGACUCAAAUGUACACACACUUCCUCAUCAUUCAGACAAAAAUCAUAAGAGAAAAAUACCCAAAGAACCAGAAGACAAAUGAAGAAAUACUUCUCAAACUGGGACAACUGGCUUUUCAGCAACUAAUGAAAGAAAAUCUGAUCUUUUAUGAGGAAGAUCUGAGAGAGUGUGGCAUCGAUGUUGAAGAGGCAUCAGUGUACUCAGGUGUGUGUACACAGAUUUUCAGAGAGGAAUCUGGGCUGCUCCAGAGUAAGGUGUACUGCUUUGUUCAUCUGAGCAUUCAGGAACAUCUGGCAGCUCUAUAUGUGCACCUGACCUUCAUGAACCAGAAGAAAAAUGUGCUUCAACAGAGUCAUUCCUCCAAACUGAUGACCCUCUUAAGAAAAGAAAUCACAUUCUCAGAUGUACACAAGAGUGCUGUGGAUCAGGCAUUACAGAGUAAGAAUGGACAUCUGGAUCUUUUCCUUCGCUUCCUUCUGGGUCUCUCACUGGAGUCCAAUCAGAAUCUCUUACAGGACUUAAUGACAGAGACAGGAAAUAACUCCCACAUCAAAGAGCAAACAGCUCAGUACAUCAAGAUGAAGAUCAGAGAGAAUUCAUCUGCAGAGAAAUCCAUAAAUCUGUUUCAUUGUCUGAAUGAACUGGGUGACAGUGCUCUAGUCGAAGAAGUUCAGCAGUACUUGCAGACUGGCAAAACAAAGAUAAAGAAACUCUCUUCUUCACAGUGGUCAGCUGUGGUUUUCAUACUGUUGUCAUCAGAAGAAGAUCUAGAUGGAUUUGUCUUAUGGAAAUAUGGCAGAUCAGACCAUGUUCUUCUGAAGCUGCUGCCUGUUGUUGCAGAAUCCAGAACAGCUAAAAUUUUGUGUGUUGUUUUCUUCAGUCUUUUACGUUGCAGACUCACAAAGAAAAGCUGUGCAGGUCUGGCCUCAUUGCUCACCUCAGAAUCAUCUCAUCUGAGAAAUCUCUAUCUGUCUCAGAAUAAACUAAGAGAUUCAGGAGUGAAGUUGCUCUGUGCUGGACUGAAUAAUCCUCUCUGUAAGCUGGAGUCCUUGAGGUUGAGGGGAUGUAAGGUCACAGUUAAAGGCUGUGCUGCUCUGGCUUCAGCUUUAAAAUCAAACCCCUCACAGCUGAAAGAGUUGCAUCUGUCUAAGAAUAAAGUAGGAGAUUCAGGAGUAAAGCUGAUGUGUGCUGUACUGGAGAAUCCUCUCUGUAAACUGGAGGCACUGUGGCUGUGGGAUUGCAAAGUCACAGAUGAAGGCUGCGCUGUUCUGGCUCUAGCUCUGAGAUCAAACCCAUCACACCUGAGAGAGUUGAAUCUGCGUGAGAAUCCUGAAAUAAAGUCAGGACGUGAGCAGUUGUUAGCUCUUAAGCAUGAUGAACAUUACCGACUAGAUGAAGUAAUAAUGUGAUGUUGAUGUGUAUUAUCAGUGAGCAAAGAGCAGACAUGAAGAGAUCGAAGCAAUUUCUGAAUGUGUGUUAGGAGCUGCAGGAGCAGAGCAAUACACAGUGUGUAAAGACAGUAUAAUUGUAAGGACUAGAUGGAUGUGUGAGUUUAUGUACAGAGCACUUCAUGAUAAGAUAAAUAGUAAACAAAGAAUACCAAAAACAUGUAUGAUAUUCAGUGAGAAAGAACGUUGUGCUCUCAUGCUGAGAUAACAGAUGUUAUUUUAUGCAUUAAGUAUUUAAAAGUAAGACAUAAAAACUAUUUAUAUGUCUGCAGAGGCAGUAUGCUUUAGCUCAGGUUGCUCAAUGGUUUUGUUUUUUUAACCUUGCUGUUGUUGUUUUCAUCAUCUUUGUUAUAUACAUCUCAGCUGUGGAAAUGUUACAUUGAUUGUUGGGGUUAUGUUAAUCUUCUUUUCUUGAUAAGGUGUACAAUUUUGCUAUUUCUUAGUUUGAUUUGUAUCUAUUUGGAGAUGAUAUAACUGCAGUGCUGUGUGACAGCAGUAUGCUUUAACUUCAUAUCAUGUCAUAGGACACAGUGUAUUUGGAAAAUAUAUUGAUUGGCAAUAUGGUAUUGUCUUUAUGUAAACAGAGCACGCAACACAGUUUGCCCUGGAUGAUAACAAAUGAAUGAACCAUUAAGAAAACCUGAUUUUUUGUAGUCUACAAACUACAGACUAUGCAGCUUGGUCAGCACAGUCAAAACAUUCUUCCAAAAAAAGUAAAUAAUAACAAUUAAAAAUGACCAAAUAUGUAGUUAUGUGCCCACCAACAUGCUAGCAUGCUGCCAAUGUGAUUCUGCCCUCAAACAACCUGCCAUGGUAUUUAAAAAUAUGCAUGACCUCUACCAAAGAUACCCAGUUAGGGGAUCUACUAACAAACUUGUUAACAUUAACAUUUAUUAAUGGUCUAAAUAUUAAUUCAAUAACUAAAAAGUUGCUUUAGAUCUUCUCCUGUGAAGUUUUAAACAUGUCUCCCUUAAGUAAUGUUUAAAUAUCUCAUAACCUUACUUAGUAAGCAUUACUUACUUAGCACACAAACCCAGAAGCAGCCUUUAUCCUGAGUAGUUGAUUUUUACCUGCUUACUAAGUGCUGGAAGACUGUGACUGUGUAGGUACAGUCAGCUCGAGAUUCUUUAAGCAUGAAGUAAAACAAAGUGGACUGGAGCUGUUUUGUUUUCCUAAUGCCCAAUCAGACCACUGAUCAAAUCAUAAACAAGCCUCAUUAAGAUGACCUGGGGACAUGAUCUGAGCUUGGUUCAUUUGUGGAUCCAUUUAGACACUGUUACAGUGUUUGGCAGUGUUUUAGUGUCAUAAUUAACUUUUUAAAAGGUUGAAACUUGAUGAAGUAUUUGUGUUUUUGUUAAAUUUUCUCAGUUGUGUCAUGAAGGAUCUGCUGCAUUAUAUGUGUUAUGUGUAUUAUUAUGCAUUUAAAUAUAUAUGUGAUCUGUGUUAUCUGUGUAUGUUUUCUGCAAGUUCUCACCUGGGAUGACAGUGGGUGGACAUUCUGAAGAGGUGUUCCUUCUGUACCUAAUUUGGCAAUGCAACAUUUUUGAUUAUAUUGAUUGUGACUCAUAGAUAUGGCAUGUGACUCUGCUGAAAGUGUUACUGUACUGGCUUACUUGCUGUGCCCAGGGCUGAAAUUCAGACUACACACAAACACCCACAGCACUGGAUUUAUACAGAAUGACUUACUCCCAAAUGAACGAUUUCAUCUUUAUUUCUUGCUCUUAUUAUAUGAUAUAUACUACACUGAGAUAAGCAAAAUGGCUAACUAGUGUCAAAAAUGUCAAAAGCAUUUAGGUUGAAUUAUUACAGUUAAUAUGCUACAAACUAAUGUUAGCUAAGUAAGUUAAGGUUAGCAUUUCUCAAUGCCCAGCUGUUGGGAUAUGUCUGCACCCUCGUUAAGUAGCUUUUUUCAUUACUGUCUUCUUGGUGCUACAUUAGUUAUUUGCAGGUCUUACCACUGCUGUGUAUCUUUACAUGAUUAACAUAUAAAAAUAGCCACAUGAGUAAUGCAAACAAACUCUGUAAAUCUUGCUUUAUCAUCUCGACCAGUCACAGAUUCACACAGUCACACUGAAUUUGAGUCUAAUCUCUUGAGGCUCAUGUCAGCUUCCUAUUUGAGUUUUUUUAUGUUAAACACUGCAGCAAUUGCAUGCUAGCACCCACACAGGCAUCUGAAUGUCACUGCCACAUCAUUAAGGUGGAAUGAGAAAUGAGAAUGUAACAAUUGGCCUGUCCCAGUCCUGUCCAUGUGCUUGUGUUGUGUUUAAUUCCCAGUCCUGUCUAUGUGUUUCUUUGUUUUGGUUUUCAGUCCUGCCCUCUUGUUUUGUGACUCCACCCCUGAUUGUCUCACCUGUGUUUCCAUCUGUCCCUUGUUUACCCUCAUGUAUUUAAGCCCUGUGUUUUUCCCUGUGUGGUUGCAGGUCUUUGUUUGGAUGUUAUUGGAUGUAUGUAUGCUUAUGCAAAUCAGCUGCUACUGACUGUGCCACAGUCUGCUGUUGCUGCGCCAAGAUUGUGGAACAGUCUAUGCCUGGACAUUAGGCCUGUAACCUAAAUGUAUUUUCCUUGUACACCACUUUGGCUUAAAGUGUGCUUUAUAAAUACCUGCUUACUUACUUACUUACUUAACUAGUUAAGUCUUUGAUCAAGUCAUGAGUUUACAGUUUAGCCUCUAUUUUUGUCUACUUUAUUAAUAUGAGUUGCUAUUUUUCCCAUGCACAUUGUUUUGGGUAUGCCCUCCACUGAGCAGGUCAGCAACAUUUCUAAAGUGAUUCACAUUGAUGUGUAUAUUGGCUUUUAAUCAUGACCUUGCAGUAUAAUUAUAAUUAAUUUAUUAGUAGAGAAGACUUUACUUGGAGGGAAACGUAAAGCAGUAAAUAGUUAAUUUAUAUGAAGUAUUAUGUAUUUAUGAAGUAAAUGUGACAAUAAAUGGGCAUAUAUUUCUCUGUUUCUCAAAAAACAAUAACAUUUCUCAAGUUCAAAGCUUGAUAUGUUGAUGUCAAUUAAAUAUAGGGUUCACAUGA